AUAGCAGGAACAAAAGUAAAUAUAUGGGCUUUCCCAAAAAUGAACAACUAAACAAUGAGUGUCCAGGAGAAGCAGAGAUAAGUACAUUAUGGGGGUUGGGCUGUUCCAAGAGACUGGAAACAGAAUGAAUUCCAUCGGGGUGGAGAACCUGGGGGGCGGGGGGAGAGAAAGCGAGAGAGCAUACGGAGAAGGGGGGAGCCACUACUUGACACAUCUGGAAGUUAUUGAAAAGCAGAGAGAAAGACACUGGACACAGAGGAGAAACAGGGGCUUGAGUGAAGGCUGUGGACAAAUGAAAGUGGCUGGAAGAAGAGGAGAAAUUCCGUAAUACUAAGUGAGAUUUACUGAACAGAAGAGCGUAUCGCCACGGGGAACAAAACCGAGACAACGAAAGAGUUAACUAUCCAAGUUUUUUGACUAACAGACAGAGAAAUAAAGGAGCAGAAGUGAAAAACACGGGAUUACAGUACGGAGUGCUGAAAAGUCUUUUGGGAUUAACUUGAAGAACGCAGAAGCUGAGCAAAAAGGACCGACCAGACCUACCGCCAUCACUAGGAACUCUACAAUUAUCUGCACUGCAGGAUGUCGGUCUCUGCCCGCUGCCUUUGCUUUGUGAAGUACCUCAUGUUCAUCUUCAACCUUGUCUUUUGGCUCGGUGGGUGUGGCCUGUUCGGCGUAGGGGUGUGGCUCUCCUUCACGCAGUCAAAGUUCUCCUCCCUCCCACUCUCCUUCCCCUCACUCUCGGCUGCGAACCUGCUGCUAGUGGCGGGGGGUGUCACCAUGGUAACUGGCUUCCUAGGCUGUCUAGGGGCGCUGAAGGAGCAGCGGUGUCUCCUGAUGACGUUCUUCACCAUUCUUCUCCUUCUAGUCAUAACAGAGGUGACCCUGGCAAUUGUCCUCUAUGUCUUCCACGAGAAGCUGGACAAGAAGGCCCAGGAUGAACUGAAGAGGGGAAUGGUGGCAUACCCCUCUGAUGAGGGUCUAAGGGACUCAUGGGACAGCGUGCAGCGAAUGUUCAAGUGCUGUGGUGUGAACAAUAAAACUGACUGGCACCAUGUGAUGAAUGACACCCUCCCAGCAUCCUGCUGCAGCGUGAACACUGAGCCCUGCCAUGAUGGAUGGAGUGAGCCCUGCUACGAGAAGGCCAGGAAAUGGCUUCUGAACAACAUCCACUCCGUACUUAUUUUUGGAGUCUGCAUCGCCAUCGUACAGAUCCUGGCUCUGGGUUUCUCUAUGCUAAUGUACUGCCAGAUCCUCCGAGCUGAGAAAUACCUGGACUAAGGCAACCUCCCAGGGUCCAGUCUGCAGGAAUGUGUUUGGAUGGAUUUGAAAUGCAAGUGCUAGGGGUCUAAAAUUCCACUUAAACAAGAUGUACCCUUGUAGAAAAGCAGAGUUCACUUCAUUUCUUCGGAUGGACGUAACCACACAUUGUAAUACAGCCCCUACUAUAAUGUUACACAAACGUGGGAAUAGGUGUAGUACUGUGGCACACAUACAUUUUCAGAUCAAAAUGUAUUCCUUUUAUGUUCACUUUAAAAUUUUCUAAGUUAUUACAUUUUCACAGGAGUUAUAACAUUAGAUCUCUUAACAGUUCCCUGGAAAGUUAUUUUUUUAAGCAGUGCUGAAAACUGAGAAGUCCUAUCAGUUGUGAUAUUAGUAAUAAUUACUAGCAAAACUGCUUUCCGAUAUUCUGAUUAAACUGCAUAACUGCAUAGCAUGAGCAGUUCAUAAUCAUACACUACAAAAUACUGAAUUCUCUGAGUAUAAAUGUAUAUUAUGUUUUAUAACGUGUGUUCCUCAAAAUGAGGAAACCUCAUCAGCUGUCCAGUUUUGUAAACAAGUUGUCAAAUGUGUCAUUUUCCAACGGAAAGGGAUCUGCUUGAAGAAAUACCACCUGGUCCCUAAGGCACCUUUCAAUAAAAACAGCUAAAUAAAA